CUCUUUUCAUCAAUUUCUCUUACACCAAAUCCCCAAAUCCCCAAAUCCCUAGAUCUACAGAAUAAAAAAGCAAAAAAAAUACAGAUCUACAGAAAAGAGAAAAUGGAUGCUUUGGAUUCAGUUUUCGAUCCGCUGAGAGAUUUCGCGAAGGACAGCGUUCGUCUCGUCAAGCGUUGCCACAAGCCUGAUCGGAAAGAAUUCACCAAGGUCGCGACUCGGACUGCGAUCGGGUUUGUCGUGAUGGGUUUCGUCGGAUUUUUCGUCAAGUUGAUCUUCAUCCCCAUCAACAACAUUAUCGUCGGUGCUACUUAAUUUCAUUUUAGGCUUUUGCUUGGUACAAGAAUCUUGAUAAUAUCGUAAUGCAAAAGCAAAGGAAGGGCGCCAGUUCUGAAGAUUAGUUAAGCCUCGUUUUUUUAAGAAAAUAGGACUCCAUGUAAAAGUAGACUAAUGUUUUAAUACAUUUUUGUCGAUUAUAUAACUCCAGCAUGAUUUUAUGACUACAUUGUUUAGUUUUAUCCUCAUAUUUCCGUGAUUGAUUUUUUCCUGAA